AGCGUCGUAUGGGGAGGUCCGCAAAUUAGGUGCUUGUUCACCAUUCAUCUUCAGAGAUGAACGAGAGGAGGCAUCCUCUCUCACGUGAAGUCGAAAACACCAUGGCGGGUUCGAUUGAUUCCGUGGGCCAACAAUAGAAAUGGUUGGUGGGAUAAGUGCAACCCCAAAGCGAGCCUGAUAUUUUUAGGCUGUUGGGGGGCACCUUGGACACCUUGAUCUCCCUCCCUCUCUCUCUCUCUCUCUCUGUUUGUGGAAAUGGAGGCUCUCGCUGCCCCUGUGGCAACCAUCUGCCGAUCUUCGACAUCGGCCGUCAGAAUUCAUCGAAAGGCUACAACAGCGAGUGUCGUAUGCAGCAGCCUCUCCCUUCCGUCAUCUCCCGGUGGCAACCACCACCACUCCCAUUUCCCUGUCCUCUUUUCCAGCAGAAAUAACUCCUUUUCCGGUCGGCAAGGUGGCAGUUCGGAGUCGGAGGACCCAUCAUCUCCCGACUCGGAAAACCAUACACUUAUCCCUCUGUUCAAAGAUAAAGUUUCCUUCUCUCGCCUUUCCAAGGACGAAGCAAUGGGCUUGGUUCUGAGCGCCGCCCGUAGGGGAUGGACAACAGAUUCUGGGAUGGAAGGCCCACCGAUUCCGGCCGGUGCCAAUGAGCCGGAAUCAGGUGCGCCGCAGGUGUCGACCUUCCCAUGGUCCCUCUUCACCAAGUCUCCUCGGCGUCGAAUGAGGGUCGCCUUCACGUGCAACGUUUGCGGGCAGCGCACCACUCGCGCCAUUAAUCCUCAUGCUUACACUGAUGGCACCGUCUUUGUGCAGUGUGCAGGCUGCAAUAUCUUCCACAAGCUGGUUGAUAACUUGAAUCUCUUCCAUGAAGUGAAAGGUUUCGUAGACCCAAAAUUCAAGAACAAAAAUCCAAUGGAUGAUUUGCCGUUCAAUUACUUGGACAUGGAUGACUUCCCUCUUCCUUGAGAGCGUUUUCUGGACUGAGGAGAGAAGUUGAUCGGGUGGAUGGAAAAGUUGUGUACAGUUUUAAAGGGAUCUUACUCUGCAGUUCUUAAUAAGGAUCUAGGUUUAUAUUACAUAUCAAAUAUACUUGUUUAUUGGAAUAUGGACUGUAAAUAUGAUCUUAAGGGAUAUUUUCUUCAAUUUGUACUGUGAUUAACAAUAUAAUAAUGUCAUAUUUUUUUUUAUUUUC